AUGAUUGGCGCACAAAUCACGUUCAUAGCCUACCUCGCCUGGGCGUACAUUCCGUCGAGAUCGUGGGCUAGCAUCGGCAUCACCUAUUUGCCGGACAAGUACUGGGCUAUCGCAUUGCCAUCCUGGUUGAUAGUUAGUGUCUUGACAUUCGCUUGUUGUAUCUACCCAGGAUACAUUCUCUCGUGCUCACCUACGAACACGAACUUGAUUGAGGACAGUGUGACGAGCUACGAUGUGGUCAAACACUUCGACGGAGUUGACAUUGAGCCCUUGAGAGAUAUACCUAUCUCGAAGAUCAAUCAAACCUUAUACCGGAAGCGGGAAUAA